GUGAUGAGAAUCAGAAUAAGCGGAUCCAACUGUUGCUUCUGUUAUAUUCUCUCAUCAUCACUCACUGCAACUGCAAUCCCUUCAUCAUCGCUUCUUCUUCUUCUUCUUCUUCUUCCUUCAUCACCCAACAUUUUUAUUAUUAUUAUUUUUAAUUUUUGUAUUAAAUAUCCAUUUCACAAUCUCACUUCAUUCUAUUACAGGAUCGAAUUGAGGAUUGUACAGCAUGGAUCGACUACAAUCUUCUGCUCGGCUCAUGAUUGUUUCGGAUCUCGAUCACACAAUGGUUGAUCAUCAUGACCCUGAAAAUAGUUCCCUUUUCAGGUUCAAUGCCCUUUGGGAGGCCCAUUAUCGCCAAGAUUCUCUGCUGGUGUUUUCCACUGGGAGGUCACCUACACUCUACAAACAACUGAGGAAGGAAAAACCCAUGAUAACUCCUGAUAUAGCCAUUAUGUCUGUGGGGACUGAGAUUACUUAUGGUAAGUCAAUGGUGCCUGAUGAUGGAUGGGUUCAGUUCUUGAACCAGAAAUGGAACAAGGACAUAGUCAUUGAGGAAACAAGCAAGUUUCCCGAACUUAAGCGUCAGGCAGAAACAGAACAACGGCCGCACAAGGUUAGCUUUUAUGUUGAGAAAGAAAAGGCUAAGCAUGUGACAGAGGCUCUUUCCAAGGUUUUGGCGGGGCGUGGGUUGGAUGUUAAGAUAAUAUAUAGCGGAGGAAUUGAUUUGGAUGUAUUACCAAAAGGUGCUGGCAAAGGUCAAGCUCUUGCCUAUCUGCUCAAAAAGUUUGAGACUGAGGGAAAGAAACCUACUAAUACUCUUGUUUGUGGUGAUUCUGGAAAUGAUGCCGAGCUGUUCAGCAUUCCAGGAGUUUAUGGAGUCAUGGUAAGCAAUGCCCAAGAGGAAUUGUUGCAGUGGCAUGCAGAAAAUGCAAAAGAUAACCCCAAGAUUCUUCAUGCCUCAGAGCGUUGUGCAUCUGGGAUAAUACAAGCCAUAGGUCAUUUUAAGUUAGGCCGAAACCUGUCCCCAAGAGAUGUUACAGACAUUGAAAACGAUGUUGAAAAUUUAUCUCCAGGUGUUGAAAUAGUGAACUUUAGUUUGUUGAUUGAAAAGUGGAGGCGUGCAGAAGUUGAGAACUCUGAGAUGUUUAUUGCUGGUGUAAAGGCAACCAGUCUGCCGUCUGGUGUUUUUAUUCAUCCUUCUGGUGCUGACUAUAUUAUGAAGGAUUAUGUGAAUGUUUUGAGAAAGGUGUAUGGUGACAAACAGGGAAAACAGUUUAGGACUCUGGUGGAUAAUGUUUUGGCUACACAGUUAGAUUCAGAUACAUGGCUGAUAAAGUUUGACAAGUGGGAGUUAUCAGGUGAAGAGAGGCAGGGUUGUGUUGUCACUGCCGUACUAGGCAAAAAGGAUUCGGAUUGGUUCACUUGGAUGCAUGUGCACGAGACCUGGUUGGAACACUCAGGGCAAGGUGAAUGGUUACUUUAGUUGGCUCCUACAAAUAUCCAUGUUCCCGAGCGUCUUAUGAUACCUUUUGCAAUAAAUGUAAUGUAAUCAAUCCAAUGACAUACUAAUACUACACCUGAGUUUUUUAAAGACCUUCCAUCAUGUGAAGGUGUCUCAUAUCAUAUGUAUUUGAAUUUUUUUGUAAAUCUUUUCUGUUUGCAUAGCUCUCAUGAGAAUCAAAUUUUAACAUUUUGGCUUCAAUUAUAGGUCAUUUGAAUAUGUGGUUGUA